AUGGCGGCUGUCCAGGAACAGCAGUACGAAGAAUUCUUUGGUGGAUUUUUCUUUGAUGAAGAUGCGUUAAGUAAGGAUAUAUCAUUGGAUGGGCUGGACAAGGAACUUGAGGAGCACAAGCACUAUGAUGUGCUAAUAAGUAUUCUAGCCAACGGUGAAAAACAGCGUGCCAUGGCAACCAUGGUGGAAGGCAACCUAGGCCAUAUUGAACAGGAUCUGAUUCAAGUUCACAUUGGUUCUUUAAGCUCGGAACUUAGAAGUCUCCAUGAGAAAUCCUUGGACUUGGGUGUGAGGCUGAAGAACCGGAAGUUGGCUGAGACAAAGCUUGCAGCAUUUGUCGAAGAAAUUGUCGCUCCUCCUGGUUUGGUUAAUGUUAUAAUUGAUGGGGAGGUAAAUGAUGAUUAUAUCAAAAGUCUAAACAUGUUGAGCAAAAAGUUGAGAUUUGCUCAAGUUGAUACAUUGAUUAAUGCAUCAAAAGCUCUGAAAGAUGUUAAGCAAGAACUGGAAAGGCUUCGGAAAAAGGCACUAUCAAAGGUGUCCGCCUAUGUCAUUGGGAUAUUCUCUUCCAUGAGAAAGCCUGGAACUAAUGUCCAGAUACUUCAACAAAAUUUGCUUCAGAAGUAUAGGUAUCUUGUUCUCUUUCUUAAAGAGCAUGGAAUCGAGAAAUAUAAUGAUGUCUGUGCAGCAUAUGUUGAUAAAAUGAACAAGGUGCUGAGUGAAGAUUUUUGUGUGUACUUAGAAGCAUUGGAGAGUUUGAAGCUAGAUAUUGGUGCAUCCACUGAUGUGAUUGGAUAUGACGGCAACGUCGUAGACCUUAUACCAAGGGGGAGAGAGCAACAGAGAAAUCAUCGUUUCAUGUUUUCUUUAGGUGAACGAUCAAACAUCUUGAAGGAGAUUGAUCAGCCUGGCUUGGUACCUUGUAUAUCUGAAGCUAAUUCCUUGAAAUACCCAUAUGAAGUUAUUUUUAGGAGCCUACAAAAGCUUCUGAUGGACACUGCUAGCUCUGAGUAUAUUUUUAUCAAAGCAUUCUUUCGCGAAGAGUCGAUGUUUUAUCAAGUUUUUGAAGGACCUUUUGCAGUAAUUGAUGAAAACAUGAAGCUUACUCUUGCAAAUAGUCAUGAUGCAAUAUGCUUGAUGCUCAUGAUCUGCAUAACUAAAAAGCACCAGCUGGUUAUGUCCAACAGGCGGCUUCCUUGUCUAGAUACAUAUUUGGAUAAGGCUCUCAUCUAUCUCUGGCCACGUUUUAAGACAGUGUUUGACAUGUAUAUUCAAAGCUUGUACCAGUGUGAUGCAAAAAUGUUAUGGGUAGAUGGGACCCAUCCACACCAUAUUGUAAGGUGCUACAUGGAGUUCACAGCAUCUCUUGUUCAACUUAAUGCUGAAUGUGGAGAUGGUCAGCUUGAUAUGAGCUUGAAACGGUUGCGGUUAGCUGUUGAUGAUCUACUUGUUAGAUUUGCCGAAAAGUUUGCAACUAAGAAACUGCAACACCUGUUUCUUUUGAAUAAUUGUGACAUGGCCAUCUCUAUCCUGAAGGAAGCUGGUGAAGAAGCAAAGGAACUGCGAAGAUAUUUUGAAGAGAAGCUGGAAAGUAACCUGGUGUCAUUUGUGGAUGAAUUGCUCAUGGAGUAUUUUGGCGAUUUAAUUAAAUUUGUGAAGAACCACAUUUCCGAAGACCUAAUUUCUUACACUGAGUGCCCAAACAUUGCUGAUGUUGAGCCGGUUGUGAAGAACUUCGCCGUGAAGUGGAGAACUAAUCUAGAGCUCAUGCACAAUGAAGUUGUAACUUGUUGCAGUAACUUUGUGUCUGGUAUGGCGAUUCUAAAAGCAGCAAUGGCUCAGUUGCUUAAUGACUACAACAGACUCUCAGAAUGUGUGAAGAUGAUCCCAGGUGGAUCUUCUUUGAACAGGAAUCUGGUUUCUAUCACCUCGAUUUCAUACGAAAUCAGGAAAUAUUCAAGAACACUCUAGUUACUUGAAUAGCAUGGUAGCCAUGCACAUAUCCUACGCCUCUGUGUAACUGAGGCUCAAAUAAAUGAUUGCGGAUGGACUCUCAGGAUCAAAGCUGGAGAGGAACUUAUGCUCUGUCAAGCAAUAGCAGAAGAGCUGAAAAAUACAUCAGGGUUGAUAUUUUUUAAUCCCUCUACCAAAUAAUGCCAUUUGUAGUUGGAUUUCAACAUUAGGCAAUAGUGCAAAUUUGGAUAUUAUGUAUUUUGUCUUAUAGCUUAUUUUAUUGGAUAUACUGUUGCUGAAAGUUGUGGACAAAAUGAUACUUGUCAGUUAUGUCCUAGUCACAGUUUAUUCCUGAAUUUGUUUUA